AGGAGGAGGGAGGUUAAUCAAUAACUGACGUAAUUUUAACAGUACGUUUUUGGAAGUUUGACAGUAAAAUAAAAAGGGAACAAGAGGGGAGGAAAAAAAGUGGAAAAAUAUUCAAAUAAUCAAUAGACUGCCACUUAUUUUGGUUCUUUAUACUAAAAGAAGUUCAACUAAGUUCUGCUCAGACGUCGACAUCAGAAAUGGCGUUUAUAAUAAUUCUGGUCGUUAUUUUACAAAAAGCAGCUUGUCUUGAAUUGUUUAAAAUGGUUGAAGGAACAGCAUUAACAAGAAACUUUACAUUAACUACGUUGAGUUCACUUCCAACAGAGUACAGAGUAUCAUUUAAAUUUAUGCCAACAUCAUAUUUAAACAACUGGGCUAGUAUUAUUCAUUUAACAACUGGUGAAAAUUUGUUUACUUAUGGCUCUCGAAUACCAGCAGUGUUUAUUUCACCAUUAAACCUGUUAUAUUUUGCAUCAGAUAUAAAUGGCAAACAAAACUGCGAAGCUUAUUCAAAAACGGUUAUACCAUUAAAUAAAUGGGUACAAGUUAUAAUAUCGCAAUCUAGGUUUGAAAAUCAAUAUAAAUUUACAGUUGAUUUGGCAAACGAGACAAUUUAUAGUAUAGAAAAUGAUCUUCCUACAAAUUUUAGUAAUGUAAAAGUUUUUAUGAGCAAUCCGUGGUAUCCUGCACAACCUGGACUUAUAAACAAUUUGGAAAUAGUGGACAAUCCUUCAGUUGAAUUGUUCAAAAUGGUUGAAGGAGCAGCAAUAACAAAAAACUUUUCAUUGAUUACUUUGAGUUCUCUACCAAGAGAAUACAGAGUAUCAUUUAAUUUUAUGCCAACAACAUAUUUAAACGACUGGGCUAGCGUUAUUCAUUUUACAAUUGGUGAAAAUUUGUUUACUUAUGGCUCUAGAAUACCAGCAGUGUUUGUUUCACCAUUAAACUUGUUAUAUUUUGCAUCAGAUAUAAGUGGCAAACAAAACUGCGAAACGUAUUUAAAAACAGUUAUACCGUUAAAUAAAUGGGUAGAAAUUAUAAUGUCACAAACCAAAAUUGCAAAUCUAUACAAAUUUACAGUUAAUGUAGCUAACGAGACAGUUUACAGUAUAGAAAAUGAUCUUCCUACAAGUUUUAGUAAGGUAAAGGUUUUCAUGAGCAAUCCAUGGUAUCCUGCGCAACCAGGAUUUAUAAACAGUUUGGUAAUAGUGGACAACCCUUCAGUUGAAUUAUUCACAAUGGUUGAAAGAACUGCUAUAACAAGAAACUUUUCAUUGACUACUUUGGACAAUCUUCCAACGGAGUACAAAGUAUCAUUUAAUUUUAUGCCAACAACAUAUUUAAACAACUGGGCUAGCGUAAUUCAUCUUACAACUGGUGAUAAUUUGUUUACUUAUGGCUCUAGAAUACCAGCAGUGUUUGUUUCACCAUUGAACUUGUUAUAUUUUGCAUCAGAUAUAAGUGGCAAACAAAACUGCGAUGCGUUUUCAAAAACAGUAAUACCAUUAAAUAAAUGGGUACAAGUUAUAAUAUCACAAACAAAGUUCGCAAAUCAAUACAAAUUUAUUGUAAACGUAGCAAACGAAACAGUUUACAGUUUGGAAAAUAUUUUUCCCACAAAUUUUAGUAAUGUAAAAGUUUUCAUGAGCAAUCCAUGGUAUCCUCCGCAACCUGGAUUUAUAAACAGUUUAACAAUCGUGGACAACCCUUCAGAUAAACCUGUUAUCAAAAUUCGCCCAAGUGGUCAACUUAUAAAAACGAAAUUUUUAACUAUUAACACAGCAAUUAGUUAUGCAUACGAAACAAGUCCAAUAGCUUAUAACUUAACAUGGGAAUACAUGUUGCCAUAUUUUUUUAAACUUAUUUCUCAAAGCGAAGUUUAUUUACAUAAGGGAUCUAUUUACACAAUUCCUGGCGCAUUUGUGACAAAUAAUUUCAAUCAGUAUAUAAAUAUAACUUUAGAAAUGACAAGCUGUUCACAGCGUGGUGACUUUACUUUAGAGAUUCCAGUAAAAUUUUCGUUUUGCGACAAAGAUGGAUAUAAAUGGAUUCAAUACACGUCGUUUAUGACAAGCGUAACUACUUCUUUCAUUUCAGAUCCAGAAAAUAAAAAAAAUAAAAGCGUUUUAGAAGAAAGCUAUAGUCGUGGCAUUUGCUGGGAUCAAUUAGAAUCUUUGAUAUAUGCUUGCUUGAAUUUAUAUGUGACAACGCAAAAGACAGCGUGUUAUGUUUCAAAUAACUACGGUGAAAAGUGGACAAAACUUGAUGUUCGCGUUGGAUCUGUUCUUGGCUAUCAUAAAUUAACAAGAGAUUUGUAUGUUGUACAUAGAAAUCAAAAAAGUUUCCUAAUGUAUCACAAGAUACAUAAAAAAUGGUUAGUGGUUCCUAACAAAGAGUUUGAGGAAAAUAUAUCUAAAAGCUUAAAUUCUUCUGCAUGUUUGAAAAUAGAAGGAACUUUUGAACAAGUUUUAACAACUGAAUCUCUGCAAUGGAUGG